AUGUCGCUCCUCCUGGUGUUGAUCGGCGUUGUGGUUGUUGCGAGCAGCUUGCUGCUUUGGUGGAACGAGGUAAGGUACGGCAGGAGAGGGAAUGGGUGCCUGCCGCCGGGGACAAUGGGGUGGCCGCUGUUCGGCGAGACCACCCGGUUCCUCAAGCAGGGCCCGAGCUUCAUGAAGGAGAGGAGGCUCAGAUACGGGAGGAUUUUUCGGACGCACGUCCUAGGGUGCCCCACGGUGGUGUGCAUGGACCCCGAGCUCAACCGCCGCAUGCUGCUCCAGGGUGAGUCCGGCGGCCUGGUCCCCGGCUAUCCGCAGUCCAUGCUCGACAUUCUCGGCCCCAACAACAUCGGUGCCUUGCAUGGCCCAUUGCACCGGUUCAUCCGCGGCGCCAUGCUCAGCCUCGUGCACCCCACCGCGAUCCGCACCAACCUUCUCCCCAAGAUGGAUGCCUUCAUGCGCUCCCACCUUGAUGGAUGGUCUGGCUCCGUCGUCGACAUCCAGGCAAAGACCAAGGAGAUGACCUCGCUAUCUAUGCUCAGGCAAAUCGCCGGCAUCACCGCGGGCCCGCUCUCUAAUGCCCUCAAUACAGAGCUCUACACCCUUGCGCUCGGCACCAUUUCCUUGCCCAUCAACCUUCCAGGGACCAGGUAUUACCAGGGCUUGCAGGCGAGGAAGAAGUUCGUGUCCAUGCUAGAGAAGAUGAUCGCGGAGCGGAGGUCCUCUAAUCAAGCUCACGGUGACAUGUUGGAGGCUCUAUUGAGAAGUGGUGAUGAUGGGACCAGGGAAAAGCUCAGUGAUGAGCAGAUCAUUGACUUGAUCAUCACCAUUAUUUACGACGGGUAUGAGACCAUGUCGACGACCUCAAUGAUGGCUGUCAAGUACCUGUCCGACCAUCCACAGGCUCUCCAAGAACUAAGGAGAGAGCAUCUUGAUAUUAGGAAGGGAAAAUCGCCGGAGGAGGCUAUCAACUACGAGGAUUUCAAGUCCAUGGUCUUCACUCGAGCUGUCAUAUUUGAGACGCUAAGAUUAGCCACAGUCGUGAAUGGGCUGCUGAGAAAAAUUACUCAGAAUGUAGAAAUGAAUGGGUAUGUCAUUCCAAAAGGCUGGAGAAUCUAUGUUUACACAAGGGAAAUAAACUACGAUUCGUUCAUGUACCCUGACCCGAUGUCCUUCAACCCAUGGAGAUGGCUGGAGAAGAACAUGGAAUCACACCCACACUUCAUGUUGUUCGGGGGAGGCGGCCGGAUGUGCCCCGGGAAGGAGAUGGGCACGGCUGAGAUUGCAACUUUCCUACACUAUUUUGUGACUCGAUACAGAUGGGAGGAGGAAGGCAAGAACACCAUACUGAAAUUCCCCCGGGUGGAAGCUCCCAACGGGUUACAUAUCCGAGUUCAAGAUUACUGAUCUUGCAACAUACAUUUUGCUUAGUUUAGAUUGGUAGGACCCAGACAGGGACGAUGAGAGUGUGAUCAUGAUUCCGCGCCGAUGAACGGAUUAGACCAGGCUUGUAAGAUAUUAGGACUUGUCCAAGAGAUCAUUUUGAUGUAAUGACUACAUGACUAUAUCAUUCAAAUACAAGAACAUGAAUUGAAAAA